ACCCUGCAGCUUUGCACCGUUAAACAAGUCCACGUCCACCAUUUCUGCAUGUAUGGUAAUUAUCAGUGCAAUUACUACCUGUGUGUACUACCUGUGUCGAAAAGCUUAACCUUAAUUCUUUCUGUUUCUUAAUAAGCCGGUCGUCCUGGUAUAGUUCAAGUGUCGUAUUGUUCCAGAUAAUACUAAAUAGGCGACGAACUAGUCCCAAUUUGCCUCUUAGUCAAAUCUUGGGUGAAAUCGAGUCCAUGCCGAGAACAUAUUACAUUUUUAGUGACAAAUACUACUAUCCCCCACAAAUUGAUUGAAAUAAGUUUCAAAGUUUUACAUAUUUCAUCAUCACCAUCAUCACGAAAUCGCAGCACAUGGUGUAGCAAUAGUGAAGAAGACGAGAGGAUUUUAUGAGUAUGAUAAUUAUUACGUGGUUUGCUUUUGCCAUGUCCUAUUCCCAUGCAUCAUCAUAUCUGCAUAUCCAUAAGUAAAGUGUAAUGUUGAGGAGGAUUUUAAUAUUGAAUACUUAAUGUGCCAGACUAAAACAAGCAAAGCAAGUAACAAAAGUAUAGUAUGAUGAUGAUAAAACCCACCAACAUUACGACGACGACGACAAAGCAGCAACCUUCGUAGAGACCAGACCACUCGCAAUUCAAUCAAGUAUAAACCUAAACCACAAAACUGGAUGAUUCAGUACAGUUGAGAUUAGUGAGUAAGAAGAAGCAGAAUAGAAAGAACCAACCAUUUAACACGGAACUUUUACAUGCAGUCAGUCAGUUACACAUUCACAUAAUAGCCGUUUUACAUACAUACAUUUACUUGGUGUUAUUAGAGCAGCAGCAGCCGAAUACAUACGCCAACCAACUAACUAACUACGUACACGAAUAGUAUGAGCAGCAAAGUUAUAAGUCGACGCGUUGUUAGUUAUUAAACAUAUGAAACCACGGUUCAAAGUCAGUUCAUUUUAAUCGUUUGAAACAUCCAGUCCUCUCCUCGCCUCGGCUGGAAGAAGAAGUGUAUAUUUGACAAUAGAGAGAAAAAAAUAAGCCAUAAAAAUAAUAAUAUUCCGUCUCCCUCAACCUCCUAGAAGAAGGAAGGAAGGACGUCGUCGUGUCAGCCGAAGAAGAAGAAGAGAAGAAUGUACCCUUCUUACCAUUGUGGAAAUAAAGAAGUCAACUAUUUAAAUAAACGUUUAAAACGGAUCGUACUAGCGCAAUCUUUGGAAAGUGGGGGUUCUUACAGAAGACAGAAUUACAUCAUUCAUCAUCCCAACUCUGAGAAGGUGAUUCUUGAUAAUAUCGAAUCCUAUAUUGAACCUCCUGGACGAUUUGGUCUCAGUUUUUUUGUGGGACAAUAUCCUAACACAACGUCUUAGCGAGAUAGAGACGGUUAAAUUUAGCAUUAUUUUAUGUAUAACUAACUACUGAUCUCGGAUAUCAUCGUAAAAGUAACUAUUUUCGAGGGGUGCAUUAAUAUAACUGUUUAGUUAAAAAAUAAUAAUUGUAGCAAUAAUAAUUGAAAUCUGAGACUUGAACGAGUGAUAAAGUACAUACAGCCCACCAGAACAACACACCAACCACACCACCAUCGUCCAUCCAGAGUGCAGACAAAGCAAUUUCACGAUAAAAGUGUGACUCAUAUUUUUCUCUAACCAAAGCCAAUGAACGUCAAUCCGAAGAAGAACACACCACCAAGUUGGACAUAACAUAAAAAGAGUGACGAAGACGAGGACGAAGACGACGCAAAAAAUAAUAAAACUUGUUUUCCAAACAAAACUCUUGCGAUUUCUCGAGUCCAAGAAGAAGUUACUCAAUAGUCCAGUAAACUCCAGAGCAGUCGGAUUUCAUACCAACCACCACCAGGCACCGAUCAACCAACCACGCGGCCGAUUUUGCCAAUUUUUCUUCAAGUUCAAUGAACAAUCAGUGGGAGCACAAUAGGUUCACGAUUUCUUCAUCACCGAGUAAUAAUUAAUUGCACAAUAUUAGUGACACAAUCAAAAUUUAGGAACAAUUAAUAGUUAACAAAAUUAUCAGUCGAGAGUAAAAGUUGCUACGAAGAUGGACAAGUUUUUUCCCUACAUGUUUGGAGCCGUGCCUCCCCCAAUGAACACGUAUACUUAUUACGACUCUCUCAUCGUGGUGGAUUUCGAGGCCACCUGCGACGACGCCAAGACGACUGGAGGCGACGCGGCGAUCCGCCCGCUGCGGUCGGAACGGCAAGAAAUCAUUCAGUUCCCCGCCGUCCUUAUCGAUGUUAGACAGAUGACAAUCGUUGACCAUUUCGAUGCCUACGUUAAGCCUGUCGAGAAGCCAGUGCUGAGCGACUUUUGCACAUCUUUGACCGGAAUUACACAGGACAUGGUCGACAAAGCCUCUCCGUUUCCAAAAGUGCUCCGCAAAUUUGAACGCUGGCUAAAGAAACAUGGACUCAGCAAUAGUGGAAAUGGGAGAACAUUCGCAAUCGUUGCUGACGGUUCGUAUGAUAUGGGACAUUUCCUAUACAAGCAGUGCUUGAUAUCGAACAUCCCUUUUCCUACGUACGCGAGACGCUGGGUGAACAUACGGACGAAUUUUUCCAAGUUUUAUGGACAGAGAUGGUUCAGCCUAAAGUCCGUAUUGGAAAUGAUGGGACAACCGUUUGAGGGCCGACAACACAAUGGGCUCGAUGAUGCUAAAAACAUUGGAAAAGUGCUACUUCGAAUGCUCAUGGAUGGGUGCAUCAUCGCUCAAACUGAGAAAAUCAUACUCGAUUUUGAAGACCAGGAGAAAAACGAGAUUCGAAUUUUGAAUGAUAAGCACGCAGGAAAAUAUGACCUUGCUACUGUAAAACCUGUCUCGUGUAACGAGUGCAUUUAUAUGCUUCCUCCGAACGUGAUGUUCCGACAACCCCCAGAGACUGAUCCAAUUUCGUGCUAUUCGCUAAAGUUCGAUAACAAUAAGGAAAACUUCCCCGCAAAGUCAGAGAGAAAGGGAAACAAGGGGGGUUCUCACGAGAAGAGGGAAAGGCGAGGAAAAAAGAAAUCGUCAAGAUCGACGGAAUUUUCUUCUGCCCUUCAACAACAAGGGUCGAUGAUGCCCCCUCGAUGUGGGGUGUGCAAUGGUAUGAAGCAGACGGUUGCAGUGUCAUCGCCAUCCACCGAGGAUCAUGUUGUCCCUAAUCAUCAUCAUGUCCCGGAUGAGGAGUAGGAUAAUAUAUAAUAUAAAGAUUGAUUCAUUUACAUAUACAUCAUAAAUCUUGGUGGUUACCAUAUUGUUAUGAAUUAUAGUUAGGUUUGAUAAGUUGGUUUAUUAUGUCACCAUCUCCUUUACUCGACGUUCCUAGUAACUAAAAUUCACAGUUAAAAAAACCUUCCUUUGUGUAGGUCAAAACUAUUGAAAUUUUGAUUAAGCAUAUAACACUUGUGUUCUAGUUUUAUUGUUCAGAGAGAUUAUUAUUAUAGUUUAUUAGUUAGUGCGAGUCUGAGUAAUUAUUAUUACUACACAUCCAUGGGCAAAAUUAAUUGGGGACCAAGCGUAUUUUAAUACCAUUAACAACAAAAUCAAUUGUUUUUUUUUUAUACCGCAAACGAGAUGUUUGUUUUGUUUUUCUUUGUUGUAACUUGUUUUAUACUGUGAAAGAGUGCAAGUAAAAGAUUUAUAUAAUUAUUAUUAUUGCAGAAUUAUACGAUCAUAAGUCUCGGUAGAAAAGCUUGUUUGUUCUUAUAUUAAUACUGAACUAAAGCUACAUUUGCCUUGCAAUAAAUGAACUCGUUUUUAUGAA